AUGGCAAAAGGCCCCUUUGAUCAGACGAAACUCGCAGAAUUCACAGCAAGACUCCGCAAAGAUGGUCUACACACCAAUCUCAAGAUCCAACUUGACAAAAGCAUCGGUGUAGUUAUUGGCACCGAAGCUCUAGCACUUGGUACCAAUCUUCAGAACCAGAUUUGGAAAUUGAUGACUGAGCAGUUGUCGGAUCGAUUUGUGGUUGAUUUUGCUCAAGAACUCUUGAACAAGCUCAAUAAAGCUGCUGAAAGAGACAAUAUCAAACCGAAGAGAUCAAAGUUUGGAACUAGGUCUGCUGGCGCAUCGGGCCCCAACCGGCAAAUACCUCACGAUGUAAAAGAAGUUCUUCUGAAUUUGGAAGAUUUUAUAGAUAAAAACAAGAGCCCUUUCAAAUUCAAUACCCAAACCUUGAUGGAUAUGGCCGUGGCCGUUGCAGAAAAAGGAGAAGAGAUCUGCGAAAGUUUAGGUCUCUCUGAAGACGAGCUUUGGGGGCUAGCUAACGUUUCUCUUUAUGACAUACACUUCUUAUGUGACGAUAGUGGAUCGAUGCAAAUCAGGAAUCGCAAAGAAGCUUUAGUCCGAACGCUACAGAGCGUCGCAUAUUGGGCCGCUAAACUCGAACCUAGAGGUAUAUCGAUACGAUUUAUCAAUUUCGAAGAUCCCGGAGACAGUAGCUGCGACGGGUUGGUCACUAUUGAUAACGUCAAAGAUGCAUGUCACAAAACCAAGCUUGAAGGCGAAACAGAGCUUGCCAAAGCUUUGGAAGACAAGAUAUUAGGCCGAAUAUCGAGAGAUCGGAAGGCUGCUGAAAGUUCGCCGCAAUACCAAGGGCUUGAAAAACCGGCAAUCGUUGCAAUAAUUACGGACGGACAACCAACAGACUUUCAUGACAGUGAUUUUGAAGAAGACUGCGACGACAUCGAUCCCAUGGGGAAGGCUGACGAGACCGAAGAAUUCAUGAAAAUGAUUCGAGCGGACAGCAAAAUCAAGAGUGUUAUAUAUUGCUCUGAGAGGAAGCUUGAAGCGCAUGACCCCUACUUCCACCGGCACAGCCAAGCCAAGUCGACGUCGGCACCCGACAGUGAUGAAGAUAGCAGUGAAGAUGAUAACGAAGAUGAUAGUGAAGAUGGUAAUGAAGACGGCAAUGAAGAAUCCACUACUUCAAAACUUAGUGAUUACCAGAGGGAGAUUUUACAUCAAUUUAUUAGUGCUGUCCGAGAAUGCCACCAAGCCAAUGACGGAGAAUAG